AUGCCGAAACCCAGCCUGUCGUCUGGCCCCCGAGUUCCGGUGAUGAAGCAACUAAGCACCAAGCACUGCUUCGUCCGAAGGGCCAUCACCAAGGCCAUUUCUACGAUCGACGCCCUUCUGUCAGAUGAGGUCACCCCUCAGCGUGUGCUGCACCGACACCUCGAGCUUAUCUUGGCGAAGCAGGCGGAGCUCGUAGAGUUCGACCGCGCAAUUCAAGAGACGCUCAUGGACGCAUACCUGGAGGCAGACCUCUCCACAGCUUUUAAGUACGAACAAAAGCCCCUGGGCCCCACGGACAUCCUCGACCUCGACGAGCUCACCUCGGCAAGCGACGACGAGGCCCCAGUACUUCAGCCCACCUCGUCUGCACCGUGGGGGCCGGUGACUGACACCGAUGCGAACUGGAAACUGGCGAUUUCCCGUCGUCAACGCCAACGCCAGAAAAAGUUCGACCAAGCUCGGGCGGAAACAACGCAGGCAGCCGGUCCUGCAAGCGUUCCUCCCAGCCACACCGUCGCCGGGGCUGCCUCGGCGGAGAACGCUCCCGCUACGUCGAAAGACGCGGCCUGCGCUGCGUCGGCGCGAACAACACAACAUGUGAAGGAGCCACGCCAGUUACGACGGAAGCUGCCGCCGCUCCCACGCACAGACCUAAAAAUCAUCAUGCGGCCGAAAAAGGGUCUGGCCAUUCGGAACUUCACGACACACCAAAUCUCCCGAGCCAUUGUGGUGGCAGGCGAUUCUCAACAACAUUGCACAGGUGACCACUUCAUCAUCCGCACCCGCCCCGGAUCGAACAUUAUUAUUGCCAGCACGCCACAUGUUGACACCGCCCAAGUUCUUCGCCGGAUCACCACCCUGACACUGGGGGGGAAUACCCACGAAUUCAACACUUACGUGGCGGCCCCCGAAGACACGUUGCGUGGAGUCAUCCAUGGCAUAGACCCCGGCACUACUCCUGAAGAACUCACUGCCAACCUCCGCGUGCGCACGCAGGGGGUGAGAGUGCACAGUGCGCGGAUGCUUGGUGCUACUAAAUCCGCUUUGAUCACCUUCGAGGGCCCCUUCAUCCCCCGCUAUGUACUGUAUUACGGUGGGGAGGUAGCCUGCCACCCUUACAAGCCGACGCGGCAAGCCUGCCAAGUCUGCCUACAACCGGGGCACCGAUCAGACGUGUGUCCUACGCCGAACGCUCGAGUGUGUCGGCAGUGCGGGACCCUCGACCCUGUGGAUGGUCACCCCUGUGCUCCCAAAUGCCAAGUAUGUGGGGAAGGCCACCUGACGGGUGCCAAAGAGUGCUCACAGAGACUGAAGACCCUGCGGCCGCGGCCCACCCCACCCACCCAACCCCGUUGGCGCAACCCUCAGCGCAACCCACCCAAUACCAAACGCAGGUGGUUCAGCAAGGAGGGGGAGACUUCGCGCAGCCUCUCUCACUCGCGGUCGCAGUCUUUCCCUCCUCUACCCCCUGCAGGACCUGGCCAGCAGCAACAGCCGCAGAACCAGGACCGGAAGACCAAAGGGCAACAGCAGCAACCCACACGCCAGCAGCCCCAGCAGGCCUCUCGCAAGUCUGCCGAGAAGCACAAUUUCACUUCUUCAGCCGGCACCGAUACCAAGGUGAGCUGGCCAGCAGUAGGGGCGACACCCAUCGCUCCGCCCAACACUCAGUCCCCCGCGUACGAACACCUUCUCGCAGAAAAUUUCAAGCUCAAACAGGAGCUGGCUGCCGUCAAGGCGCGUCAAGCUAAGGACAGCGCUCAACUCCACGCCCUAAUAGCGCGCAUUGGAUCGCCACCGGAAUCCACCGAAUGCCACUCACAAAACAACCCCAACAGACACGCAACCCCUAAGAUUCCGCCCUCGCUUCCCACCCCGACGGACUCCGCAGUCACACGCGAAGAGAUACGCGAAAUGCUGUCUGCGCUCUCCCAACAACUCUCCCAACAAUUCAGUAUCGUCUUCACACAACACCUCACACAGUUCGGAGCCCGCCUUGACUCCCUCGAGACACGCCUCGACACCCAAAUUGCCGAAACAGGCGGUAAUAUACGAAGGAAGAGGGCCACCCGCAGCUCCCGCACCACGGAAGACCAAGUCCCUCUCAGAGGUGCCUGCAAAUUAGCCCAGGGGAAGGAACUCGUACUCCUCGGGGACUUCAAUGCUCUCGACGAACGCUGGGGAUACAAUCGUUCGGAUGUCAAAGGCAAACAACUUGCAGCUGCCGCCGAAAAAUUCCAACUCGAACUGCUUACGGAUCCAGCAAACCCUACCCGGAUCGGCAACAGCGUAUGCAGGGACACUUGUCCCGAUCUCACCUUCGCCCGUGGUAGUGCAAACUAUAAUUGGGACAACUUGCAGGAAUCCUUGGGUAGUGACCACUGCAUUCUCCGUACACAAAUUACGGAGAGUGCGAUGCGUCACUCCAUUAGACAAGCCCGCAUCACAAACUGGGACGUCUUCCGUCGCGAGAGCGAGAAUUCAAUUGGCAACCUUGCAAACCUCACUGACUGGUGCGAGCAAAUUAAAGAAAUUCGGGACCGUUGCACCACCCUCAUGAAAAGAACAUCUCAACUCCCAGAAGUGGACGGCCAUCUUCUGCACCUGUGGGAAGCCAGAAGAAGCCUCAUCCGCAGAUGGAAGACCCGAAAACAUAACCGACGUCUCAAGCUCAAGAUCGCAUCUCUCACCCUCGAGGCUGAGCAGUAUGCUGAGCAACUGGCACGAAUUAACUGGGCCCAGUUCAGCGACUCGCUUCGAGGCUCACUGGGUACGGCCCGCACGUGGCACGUUCUACGAGCCUUGAUUGAUCCUACUCGAACAAAAAAUGAGACAAACAAAUCAGUCCAGCGCCUCAUACACGCCUUUGAAGGCACGGACGACGAGCUGCUUGCUCAAGUACAGCGCAAAUGCUAUGGUGAUUAUCACCCGCCUCCCUAUCGGGCGAGGUAUCAAGGUUAUGCAAACCACACCCUGGACCGGCUGAUAACGUUGGACGAAGUUAAUGCUGCCAUUCGCAGCAGCACCCGCAACACAGCAGCGGGGGCGGAUAAAAUCACGUACUCUCUUAUCAGGAAUCUCAACGACACCGCCGUACAAGAACUCACGAACUUCCUAAACGACCAUUGGCAAUGUGGCACGCUCCCCCCCGAGUGGAAGCACGCAGAGGUGAUGAUGAUACCGAAGCCGGGUAAGAAGCUCCAGAUCGAGAACCUUCGACCAAUAUCACUCACUUCCUGCCUCGGCAAAGUCUUCGAACGCGUCAUCACUAGCCGCCUGCAAAACUAUCUCGAGGACAAUGACCUUCUCCCGCAUUCAAUGUACGGAUUCCGGGCACAUCUUUCAACCCAGGAUGUACUGCUUCAACUAAAGGAAGAUGUCAUUGACACUGCCCCAAAGCAAGGAGAAAAUAUCAUUCUGGCCUUGGACAUCAAGGGCGCCUUUGAUAAUGUGAGCCAUCAAGCCAUUCUCGACGGCCUCGCUGCCCUUCACUGCGGACAGCGCACCUACAGUUAUGUUCAGGCAUUCCUGUUGGACCGCACCGCCACGGUCGGUCUCGGUUCAAUCCGCUCAAACAUCAUCAAGGUUCCGAACAAGGGCACCCCACAGGGCUCAGUGAUCUCCCCGCUACUGUUCAACGUAGCCAUGGUUGGUCUUGCGCACGAACUCCAUCGCAUUGAUGGCAUCCAUCACGCAAUGUACGCGGAUGACAUCACAAUCUGGGCUACGCGGGGGUCCCUUGGAGAAAAAGAACAUAACUUGCAGAAAGCAGCCACCUGCGUCGAACAAUACGUACAGGCACGUGGCCUGACCUGUGCAACCGAGAAGUCUGAGCUCCUAAGAAUCUGGCAACACAAGCCCCCCAAAUCGGCGCAGAAGGACCCAGGCUACAGCCUGCGCGUCGUUGUCGCCGGCCAACAAAUCCCAGAGAAAACCACCAUCCGUAUAUUGGGUAUGUGGAUCCAGUCAAACCGCCAUGUGAAUCACACCCUCACUAUCCUCCGCACUACCACGCUGCAGGUUGCCCGAAUGAUAUCCCGGGUCGCCACUCGUCACCAUGGUAUGCGCGAAGAGGACACUCUGAAACUCAUACGCAACCUCGUGGUUAGUAGGAUAACAUACAGUUUGCCCUAUCAACGACUUACCAAAGGCGAACAGGACCAAGUGGAAGCCAUGCUCCGGAAGGCCUAUAAGGCGGCACUCAAGCUACCCCAGGGCACUCCCACGAGCAAGCUCCUCGCAAUGGGUCUGCACAACACCUAUGCAGAACUUUGCGAAGCGCAGCUCGCCACGCAGCUGCAGCGACUUGCACAAACACCAACAGGCUGCGCAUUACUCCGACGCCUCGGUUAUACCGGCCAGCUCCAUGAAGCAGCUCGCCGCAAGCCCAUUCCAGACCACCUUCGCACCACCUAUAAGGUCGCCCCAAUCCCCCGUAAUAUGGACCCCCGACUACAUCAGGGACGGCGGGAAGCCAGAGUGGAAGCUCUCGAACGAGAGUACGGGCACAAGAACACCACAUACUAUGUUGACGCUGCCAACUACGACCGCACGAACACCAAGGCAGUAGAACUUGGCUGCUUCUGCUCCUGCCUUCUACCACCACCCUGUCUCGACUGCUUCCACUAG